AUGGUGGAUGGUGACGUCACUCAACAAGAACAGGAAAAGCGACAGCAAAAGGUAUUUUUAAAAUUAAGAUUUUUAGACAGUUUUCGCUUUAUGGCAUCGAGCUUGGAUAAAGUAAGUCAAAAUUUAACGUCUCAACAGUGUUGCGAAGUUAGAAAGGUUUUUCCUAACGAAGAAGAAUUUAAGGUUUUUCGUAUGAAGGGUGUUUUUCCAUAUUCGUACGUAGAUUGCUUUUCCAAAUUAGACGAUACCAAGCUUCCACCCAUUGAUGGCUUCUAUAACGAACUUAGAAAAGAAGCCAUCAAACAAGGAGAUUACGAGCGUGCAUUGAAUGUAUGGAAUUUAUUUAAAUGUCAAACUUUAGGUGAAUAUUCAGAUAUAUAUUUAAAAUCCGACGUACUAUUAUUAUAUGCUGAUGUUUUUGAGAAUUUUAGAGAGGUGUGUCUACAAACAUACGGUCUAGAUCCUUGUCAAUAUUUCACAGCACCAUGCCUAUCGUUUGAUGCGGCUUUGAAAACUACAUCUAUCGAGCUGGAAUUAUUGACAGAUUUAGACAUGAUACAUUUCUUUAAACACGGGAUUCGCGGCGGUGUCAGUCAAUGUAGUGUUAGAAAAGCUAUCGCGAAUAAUACAUUUAUGUCUAUAUACAACGCUUCCAAACCUACUUCCUACAUUAUGUACUUGGAUGCUACCAAUUUAUAUGGAGUAGCCAUGUCGCAAUAUCUACCAACACGUAUCUUUACGUGGCUAACAGAGGAAGAAAUUUCAAACUUAAAUUUUAUGAAUAUCGAUAAAAAUUCCAAUAUAGGUUAUGUUUUUGAAGUUGAUUUAGAGUAUCCGGAACAUUUACACGAUUGGCACAACGAAUUACCCUUUUGCCCAGAGUCCGUUCAACCAGAGGGAUCUAAAGUUUCAAAAUUAAUACCCAAUUUUAAUUCUAAAGUUAGAUAUGUAAUUCAUUAUCAAAAUUUACAACAAGCGUUGAACCAUGGUCUGAAACUUGCCAAAAUUCAUCGCAUUUUAUCCUUUAACCAAUCUCCCUGGUUGAAAACCUACAUUGAUCUAAAUACAGCAAAGCGUAAUAAUGCUGAAAAUAAGUUUGAAAAGGAUUUUUUCAAACUUAUGAAUAACGCUGUAUUUGGAAAGACAAUGGAGAACGUGGAGAAACGGGUAAAUAUUAAGUUACUUACCCACUGGGAAAAUAUUGGUAGAAAGAUAGGGACAGAAGCGUACAUUUCCAAGCCGCAUUUUAAAGACUUAACGAUUUUUAGCGAGAAUUUAGUCGCAAUACAUAUGGCUAAACAGAAAAUCGUAUAUAAUAAACCUAUUUACGUAGGCUUUUCAAUUUUGGAAAUUUCCAAAACUAUUAUGUACGAUUUUUGGUAUAGCUAUAUUAAACCAAAGUACGGUAAUAAAGCUUCACUGCUCGACACUGACCGAUUCUCUAAUUUUACAAAUUCAAACCGAUAA